UUUGGUUGAAUCUGUAGUAAUAAUUUUUGAAAAUGGAAAAUUACGUCACGGGAAAGUUCAUUACUGAAGAUGGGCUUAAAAACAUCAAAAAUCAUAAAUACAAAUCUGGAGGCUACUCGAUGCUAGAUAAUGUGAUGAAUCCUUUCUGGGAACUUGUAGUCAAGUUAAUGCCAAUGACACUUGCUCCAAAUAUGAUAACUCUUCUAGGAGUCAUCAUCAAUUUUGCAUUAUACUUUGCAAUGUUCUAUUUUGACAGAUCUCUGACUGCUGAGGUCCCAUCUUGGACUUAUUUUGGAUUUGGAAUUGGAUUAUUCGUUUAUCAGACUCUAGAUGCCAUCGAUGGUAAACAAGCAAGAAGGACUGGUAGUAGCAGUCCUUUAGGUCAACUCUUUGAUCAUGGGUGUGAUUGCUUGUCCACAACCCUAGUUGCUCUUGCAUUGGUUCAUACUUUAAAACUUGGAGUGACAUGGCAAAGCAAAUUGUUGAUCGGGUCUCUCUGGCUUCCAUUUUAUCUAGCGCAACUUCUAGAAUAUCAUGUUGGAUUGGUGAGAACUAAUGUUGGGGUUAUUGGUGUCACUGAAGGGCAGCUUGCUCAAUGUGCAGUCAUGGCUGUUGCUGGAUUCACCAAAGGAGAAGUAUUUGAAAUCACUUUUGUGUCAUUCUUACCUGUCUUGGAAGGUGUAAUCCCUGCUUGGUUAAAUAUCUGCCAUGCAAUAGUUGGAUUCACUGUUAUUAGCUCAAUAGUUUUUGCAGGAUAUCUUGUAAUAGAAAUGGUUGUCCAAAAAGAGACAAUAAAAGGAAAGCUAUAUGCUCUUUGGGGAAUGAAUCCAAUCAUUCUGAUGCUCAUAAAUUUAUAUCUAAUUGAUGAAAAUGAUCCUUUCGUAUCCAAAAAUGCAGCAGUAGUCAUUCUUGUAGUCAGUGUAAUCUUCACUUUAGUAACCACUAAAGUAAUCAUAAGUUCAAUGGCUUUGAUGCAUGUGAGAUCAUUCCAAUUAGAGCCAUUCCUCUUCGCAGGAUACUAUUACUUCCAUUAUCUAGGACCCAACAGCUUCCCAGAAGCCAAGGCUGCUGAAUAUGCAUACUACUGACUAAUAGCAACCUUCGUCAUCUCCAUAAUUUUAUACUUCAGAUUUGUAAGAGUAUGCAUCACCCAGAUCACUGCCCAUCUAGGAAUUUACUGCUUUUCAAUCAAAAAAAGAAAGGAGGAUUAGUCUGA